ACUUCACGUGCUCGCCAACGACACACCACCACCGCCACCCAGAUUGACGAGAUCAUAAUCAUGUAGCUUGCAACCCCCUGCCAUGUCCAGGUCGAUGCCAGAGCAGACGAAGAAGAGACCUGCCUCCCCCGCUGAAGCUGAUCAAGAAGAAGAAGACGACACCAUCGCCUCCGUCGCAGCCGGCGAAGCUGCCAUCCGCAGCGGCGCCGAAGGCAAGAAUGACCAGAUCUUCAUCUCCGCGCCAAUCCACGACCGCCAGUCCACGUUCGUGGCUCACUUCCACCCCGCGCCGGGCGUGUUCGCGAAACCGCAGCAGUCCGGGACGCCUGGGUCUGGGACUGGGACUGGGACUGGGACUGGGACUGGGACCGGGUCGAAGCCGCCAUCUCUGUCGUUGACAGCGACCGUCAAGCGGCUUCAAGCCCAUCCGGCCUUCGCCUCCGCGAGCCACCGCAUCGUCGCGUGGCGGCGGCGAUCGAGCCAGCAGACGCUCUUCACCACGCCCACGUCCGGCGCCGGUGGCGCCACGGCGGCGGCAGGAAGGGCCAUCUACGCGACGGGCUCGGAGGACGACGGCGAGAAAUACGCCGGCAAGCGGCUCGAGCGCCUGCUGGGCGAUCUGGACGCGGAGGGCGUCGUCGUCGUGGCGAGGUGGUACGGCGGCGUGUUAUUGGGGCCCGUGAGGUUCGCGCACAUCGAGGACGUGGCGCGGGAGGCGGUUCGCAAAUGGAGAGAGAGCGUCGGCGCCUGGUCCGGCGGUGCAGGCCCCAAGAGGCAGAGACUGCUUGAUUCUGACGGCCCCAGAGCGGGAGCGGGCGGAGUCCCUGGUAAUGGUGACGAUGCUGGAGAUGAAGAAGCUGGCCUCCGAUCCCGUCUCGCCGAACAGCUUGCCGAGCGGGACCGCAGUAUCGUCGUGCUAAGAGGGCUGUUGGCGGACAAGACCAAAGCCGCAUCACCAUCUAUCACGACCGAGGACGAAAAGAAAUCAGAGCCGUCGCAAACUCAUCAUCAACAACAGUCUUCACAGUCUUCUUCGCCAGCCAAGAAGGUUGAUUACAGCGAGAUGCCGCUCGCGAGGUUGAGGCAGCUCGAAAAAGCGCGGGAUGCUACGAUUGCCUUUAUCUUGAGGCAGUUGGACAAGCUUGAGGAAGAAGAGAUGGCGAAAGCAAAGGACGGCCAGAAGCAAGAAAAGCGAAGCACUGGUGUUGAUGGGAACAACGAUGCGAGGCUGGGUGAGCAGGCUAUCGAGGGUGGUGACCGAGAGACAUGAAGCACAGCAUCGGAUGUGUUUGGCUAGUCAAACAGCAUGAAGAAAGGGCCGCCCAAAGGACAAGAAUUGUUCGGUGGGACACAGAGCUACACUGUUCGGACUUUGAACAAGUCCCAUUUGUUCGGGUAUAGGGCCAGUAUGUCGCUCGAUCCCAGCGCAUGGAUUAAGCCGAGACAGACACAUCCUCCUGGCCGCCAGCAUAGCCAACACCACUGGCGCGGCUGCUGGCAGGCGUGAGAGCGUUUUUCUCCGCUUCCUCUUCCUUGAAUUUCUCAACUACCAUCUUCCGGGCCAGUUGUUGGUAAUCUGCAGUCAUAUGAUGUCAGUCGAGACAUUCCGACAUGGCAUGUUCACGAAGAGGUAUAUGAGAGGUAUGCAGUGGCACAAGAGUGAAGAGAUGUGCAGGGACAAAAGAUGAGGACUCACGCAAAACACCACUCUCCUUGGCCUGGUUCAGCACUCCUUGGGAAUAAACGCCUCUCUCCAAAUUGCUUUGAGCGACCUCGCACAACUCAAAGUCCUCCAGCGCCACCUUCCUCACAAACUUAAAGUAGUCUUCAAAUCCUUCCGUGCCGCCCUUCCCAUCGUCGAAGUAGUAAUCAAACUCCAUGCGAGUUUCGCCAACCUUUUCACUGGGGCAAACACGGAAACUGCUCAUACCACCCCCGUACAGAUUGAGAGUGCAUACGGGAAAGAAAUAGAGGAAAAGACCGUCAUUGGGUUUCUGCGGGUCGGCAAUGUGCCGGCUAUAUGUGUCGUGGUUGUGUACUUCGUAGAAGCAUUCUUGAUAUCCGUCAACCAUGGUUUUCCAGUUGAAGCGACCGGGGUAUUUGAUGGAGCGACGAUGUGGUAGACGGCGGAAGUUGUAUCGGGAAAGGAGCUCGAGCAGCGACGGUGGGAACCAUUGCUCGAAUGGCGGCGCGGAAUGGUCGAUGGUGGUGAACAAGAGACCCGUCGGGGUCAAGUGAUGUGCGAGUAGGACACCCUGGAAGAUGAGAGACAUGGUUAUGAAAAGAAAUAAAAAGGGGAAAGACAUGAUCGCGAGCAUAC